AUGGUAGCUGAUGACUGGCAGACGGGUGUAACGGAUUUAGAGAAGGGGCGAGAAAUAUUAAGUGACGACAGACUUAUUGAGAAUGACGGGAACAGCCGCUCAUUUUUAGAAAUGCGGACGAAGAAUGUGACGCGAAAAGCCGCUAAAUCGGAGAAAAAGAUGAUGGCAUGGAUGGGUAAGGGAAUCUCUGAAGAUGGAUCCUACUUUCCUAUUACAGUGUUUCAUCCAACACAAAGGAAGGAUCGGGACCAAACCUUGUUGGAUGAAUCCUCCAGUGACUCGGAAGUGGAAAAUGAAGCCAGGUCCGAUUUACCUCCACACAAGAGAGCAGCAUGGGUGGAUGAGGAGGACGGAGCAGACGAUGAUGUAGAAAUGACACAUCGGUUCCGGAAAAAUCUAGUGAAAAGCAGCACGGAGAAGACCCUCACCAUGCGAAAGCUCCAGCAGAGAUUAAAAGAGCAGUUCCAGACUGCAAUGGGUGGGACACCAUCCUGGGCAGAGAGGAAGGUUAAAAACAAAAGAAAGGACAAGGAAGACUCAGCCGAAGAAAGCGAUGAUGAUGAUGAUGACUUGCUACGAAAAACUGGCAACUUUGUAUCUGCCUCCUCUGUUCUUCCUAAGGGUAUAUUACAGAUAAAGAAAUGCACAGAUGCCAACCACGCCAGACCGUCCACCUGCAACUUAACAACAACACAGUUCCAUCCUUUGGCUCAAGUAAUACUCACUGCCGGGAAUGACCAGGCCAUCUCGCUUUUUCAGGUCGAUGGAAAGACAAACCCCAAAAUUCAGAGUGUCUGCUUGCAGAGGUUUCCCGUGUUCAAAGCUCGGUUCAGUGCAGAUGGUGAACAGGUCAUCGCUACGACCAAACACGGCAAGAUGUUCUAUAAGUACGACAUGAUGGCUGGGGCAGUCAUCCCACUCAAUGUCCGAGGUAUGCAGGAUUGGCAAGCCAGAAGGUUUGAAGUCUCACCAGAUGGCCAGUUUCUGCUGUUCCUCGGCUCCUCUGGCUAUCUGCACCUUCUCUCCUCAAAGGUAAGUGAGCGUGGAUUGGGUGUGGUACUCUGUGGCUCUCUAUAA